ACAAUCCUUUGGGUCCCGGAAGGAUAUUCCUUGGAAACGGACGCGUCUUGCCACGUGGCUUUAAGGAAAUCGGCCCGGCCGUUCCUGCAACCACUUUACUCCGACUCUCUCAUGCUACUAUCUUGCUUGCGGUGUCGUCCAGCUCAUCGACUUAGAUGUUCCCCCUUACUUAGCAAAUCUUCUGUCCUUGGUCGUAGACAUCUCCAAGGCAGUUCUGUUGGGCGUUUCAAUGAAUCGCCACCUUUAGCUUUCGCGUUUGAUAUAGAUGGCGUCCUGAUACGUGGGCCGCAUGCACUCCCCCCAGCACACCGAGCUUUGCAAAUCCUUGAAGGUAACAAUUCAUUCAAAAAAAAAAUACCAUUCAUUCUCCUGACCAAUGGAGGCGGGGUCUCUGAAAGUGCUCGUGCCAAGGGCCUAUCUGACAAACUAGGUAUCAAAAUUACACCGAGCCAAUGCGUACAAGCGCAUACGAUCCUACAACAGCAGGUUUCCCGGUAUGCUAAUGAGCACGUCCUUGUCUUGGGAGGAAGACGCGAUGAAAUACGUCAGGUUGCCGAGCUCUAUGGUUUUAAGAAGGCUCAUACAAUGCUGGAUGUCCUAGCUUGGAACCCUUCUGUAUGGCCCUUUUAUGAACUUACUCCAGCCGAGAAGGAGAGUACAAGACCUGUGGACUUUUCGAAUACGCCCAUAUCGGCGAUUUUCGUUUUCCAUGACCCCCGUAACUGGGCUCUCGACAUCCAGAUCAUAUGUGAUGUUAUACAAUCAAACGGUAUCAUCGGGGGCCCAUAUGGCAAGCUGACUAAACCUGUGGAACUAGUCUUCUGCAAUCCUGAUUUAAUAUGGAGAUGCGACUUUCCUAGACCGCGGUUAGGACAGGGCGCCUUCAAGGAGGCUUUCCAGGCUGUUUACAAGGCUUUGACCGGCAGGAUGUAUCCUCAUGUCCAGUAUGGGAAGCCAACGGAGGCGACUUACCGAUAUGCCAGAAGCAUACUGGAGAGUCAGAUACGUUUACUAUAUGGCCAUUCCACAAAACCCACAAUGUACAUGAUUGGAGAUAAUCCUGAGUCUGAUAUCGCGGGUGCCAACAGUGCGGGGUGGCCAUCUGUGUUGGUCCGCACUGGCGUAUAUGAUCCGAUCCACGGUUCUCCAAUUCACAAGCCUACGCAUGAAGCUGAGGAUGUCGAGGAAGCGGUACGGUGGGCGAUAUCCAGGGAGUUUGAGAAAUAGAGUAUUACCUUUGCGAUCUAUACACCGCCAGCUCUCGGCAUAUAUCUGCCGUUGCCGACGCUCUCUUCAUGUAGUUUGAUGUCGUUAAAACGUCGGUU